AUUUGCAAUCCGAAUUAGCAAACAAUUCCCAAAUCACAAAUUACAAGCCCUAGCCCCCAAAUCCCACAAUCCAACAAUCCACCGCAGUGGCGGCACAAUUCGUUGUCCUCGCCGGAGAAACGGCAGCCCAUCGGCGCAUCUCGUCGUCAUCGGGUAUUUUCCCUCGCAUUCUGCAUCAUGCACUCCAACAUUGCUCGAAUUAAGCUCGUGAGCUCCCACCCUGAAGUUUAUGAUCCGUGUGAUGAUUCAUUUGCAUUGGUUGAUGCAUUGCUAGCCGAUAGAGCUAAUCUAAUAGACCAUGGCCCUUCGAUUUGCAUGGAAAUCGGCUGCGGCAGUGGCUAUGUCAUUACUUCGCUUGCUCUGUUGCUUGGGAAAGAGUGCUCUGGUUCAUACUACAUUGCAACAGACAUAAAUCCCCACGCCAUCACAGCCACGCACGAGACACUAGAGGCACAUGGGUGUCGUGCUGAGGUGGUGAAUACUGAUAUUGCAUCGGGGCUGGAGAAGCGCCUGGCCGGGUGUGUGGAUGUGAUGGUGGUGAACCCGCCUUAUGUGCCAACCCCGGAUGCAGAGGUUGGCUGCCGGGGGAUUGCCUCUGCUUGGGCAGGAGGAGAGAAUGGGCGUCGUGUUAUUGAUAGGAUAUUGCCAGCUGCAGACAAUCUCUUGUCGGAUAAGGGCUGGUUGUACAUGGUGACACUCACUGCGAAUAACCCUGUGGAAUUGUGUCUUCAGAUGAGGAAGAAAGGCUACGCUUCUCGGAUCAUUCUGCAGAGAUCAACUGAAGAAGAGAGCCUCAGCAUCAUCAAGUUCUGGCGGGAUACGGAUACUUUGUUGGAGGCUAAUGAGUGUACGCCAGUUGAGAAAACGGAAAAUGGAAUCCGCGUAGAACUGCCACAUUUCUCUCCAUUUUCGUUUUGGAAUUACGGGAACCGCACUACAAACUAGUACAAGGAGAACGAGGAAUCAUCUCAUCUCGAUGUUCUUGGCCGAUCAAGUUGAUGGCAGUCGAUGCAUCUUCGUUCAAUCGAGAAUGUAGCCAACAGUUGAACAAUGGAAGGGGUAGAAAGAGCUAGGCCAAAUCUACCGAAGUAAGCUUAAAUCUGCUUAACAUCUCAUACUAAGCUUUUGUGGUUGGAAUUGAUUGUUUCAACAUAUAGCAGUGAUGUUAGAAUCUUUUUGCUUCAAAUAAGUUACUAUAGUAAAUUCCUGUGGAAAAUUGCAGCUGUCUGUUUAGACUAAAGAAAAUAUAGUGCUAUUUUUUAUU